CUUUCUGCUUUUCACAAACUCUGUCACUUCAACGUGGUAGGUUCCAUGACUAAUACUACUAGCUCUACAUAACUCAAAACUCUCUUUCUUCCUCAAUUUUCCUUCCCAUUUUCCGACUUUCCAAACACUAUUUGCAACAACCAUUCUCAGUUUCCCAAACGGGGAAAGCAACGAGAUAAUGGACUCCAGAGAACAGCAGCCACCACUGCCAUCGCAAAUACCACCGCAUCCCCAACAACAUCAACAACACCACCAGACGCAACCAAACAUGUUACUUGGUGGUCCUCCCUCUUCCUACUCCAACAGCACCGCUGCUGGUCAUCCCGCUAUGGGUAUGAUCAACCCGAACAUCCCUCCCACUGCUGCAGCUGGUUUCCCCUUUAAUUCAGUGGGCCCGCCGCGCCCACAGUCCAAGCCGCCUUCUUCCGAUGGUAUUUUUGAUGGAUCGUCACCUCCUUCUUCCACAGGGAUGAGGUUUAGUAUGGAGCCAGCGAAGAAGAAGAGGGGGAGGCCCAGAAAGUACACCCCAGAUGGCAACAUUGCCUUGGGGUUGUCGCCAACCCCGAUUUCAUCUUCGCCGAACUCGUUGGUCCAUGCUGAUCCUGGAGGUGGCACCCCUGGCGUGGCCUCUGAGCCUCCUUCUAAGCGGAAUAGAGGGAGACCGCCAGGGUCAGGCAAGAGGCAACUUGAUGCAUUAGGAGGGGUUGGAGGAGUUGGAUUUACACCUCAUGUGAUUACAGUGAAAGCAGGGGAGGACAUAGCAUCAAAGAUUAUGGCUUUCUCACAGCAAGGGCCACGAACAGUUUGUAUUCUGUCUGCAAAUGGUGCUAUUUGUAAUGUUACGCUUCGUCAGCCAGCAAUGUCUGGUGGUACUGUGACAUAUGAGGCUGUGGUAAAAGAUCAGGAGGCAGAAAAGCAUGUUGAUGAAAAUUGCUGGGAAGAGGGCCGUUUUGAGAUUAUUUCUCUAUCAGGUUCCUUCUUGCUUUCUGAAAAUAAUGGUAGUCGCAACCAAACUGGUGGCUUGAGUGUUUCAUUAGCAGGUUCAGAUGGUAGAGUUUUGGGUGGAGGAGUUGCUGGAAUGCUAAUGGCAGCAUCACCAGUACAGGUCAUUGUCGGCAGUUUUAUUGCUGAUGGGAAAAAAUCAAACUCGACGAUAUCAAAAUCUGGGCCUUCAUUGGCACCAACAACCCAAACGUUGAAUUUUGGUGCGCCAUUGACAACAUCCAGCCCUCCUUCUCAAGGCCCCUCUAGCGAGUCUUCUGACGGAAAUGGUAGUAGUCCUCUUAACCGAGAUCCCGGAAUCUAUAGCAAUGCAACUCAACCCAUUCAUAGUAUGAAUAUGUACCAACUAUGGGCUGCCCCAAAUCCGCACUGAAGAUGCUUCUCAAUUAACAAUUUGGAGUUUUGAGGCGUAGAUAUGGCAAUCGUACUUGCGUAGCAGAUUGAGUUCAAAAUCCUAAUGCUAACAUGCGUUAUUGAAUACAGCCUGCAGAUGAGCUUUUCAUUUUAUUAUUCUUCAAGGGCAGGUUCCUUUCUUCUUGGGUAGCUUGAAUUUACAUCUCCUUUUCUCAUCUUAUCUGGACAUAGAUAUUAGUGGUAGCUGCAUGUCUCCCCCUUUUAAGAAGGGCUUAGUUCAAUUUGCUAUUUAGGUAUACUGGUUCUUCUUGUGUUUCCUGUUGCUAGUUUCUGCAAGUAACGUACUCUUUUAAAAAAUAAUUAAUAUGAUAAGUUCAAUAUAUUUGAGUUGGGAUUUUAUUGCAA